AUGCUGCUCAAGAAGCGACGGGUUAGCAAACCUGUGGAACCGCCCUCGCCAGAGCCGGUGAUAGCGGAUCCGGUGAUAUGUGUCGACGACCUGGAAGAGACACCACCAUCCCCAGGCACAGCAAAUAGCAUACCUCAGGCGCAGCUUCCCCAGAAGCUGCCCAAGGCUAAACAAGCCGUAAAGCAAGCAGUUCCAAAGCAUGCACCUGCGCAGCCGGGGGGGCCGCAGGGAGAGCAGGCAGAGCCAAAGCAGCCUGCAAAGCCGGAGCCCGAAGAGCCCAGCAAGACUGGGCCGCCCGGGCCGCCCGGGCCUGCAAAGGAUGCCGAUGCAAAGCAUGCAGCGAUGGCUGCGGUUACCGCCAAGAGGAAAGCGCCCAGUGAGAUGCCAGCAAUGGACACGAGGCGUUCGAGCUUGGCCGGCUUGGUGAAAUUGCUUGGUGAAGCAGCGCCACAAGUGCCAGCACCCACAAGGGAGCCACCAGCAUCCAACUCACGGAACUCCAGCUUAGCCCGCUUUUUUGGUGAGGCGGAAAUUUUCCCGGAUGAAGGACCGCCGGCAGUGCGGGUGGAUGAUGCCAAUGCAGCUGCGGCGGCGCAAGCUCCAAUGGCUCCCAUAACCUCAGGGGGGACCUCCGCGCAAGGCAGCGACACCCUGAAAGAGUUGCUAUCGCUGGUUGCGAAGUCGCCACAGGCGGCCCAGAACGCGGAUUCGGAUGAUGGACCAAAGUGGCAAGCAGCCAAACGAGCCCAAUUGUUGUGCCUGGAACUGCAAGACUUCAAGUCCUUCAAGCGCAAGAAGAUCAACCUUGAAGGUGAAUCAGUCCGGUGUCUCGUGGGAUGCAACUCGAGUGGCAAAUCUGCCAUCCUGGAUGCUCUUCGCUUCCUCCUCGGGAGACGCUGCGACCGUGGUUUGCGCAGCUUCAUCCGCAGAGGGAAGCGAGAUGCCGCCACGUACGCGAGGGUGACAGCCAAGUUCCGCGUGGAACGACCGGCUAAUGGACAAGGCACCGUGACGCUGAUGCGAGAAGUCCGUGAGCAUCCGGACUCGGCGGACAAAGAGGCAUACAUCACCUCGAAUUGGGUUUCUCAGGAGGCCGAGGAGCUUGUAGAGAUCUCAGAAGCGGGAUACCAGGCAUGGCUAUCGCAGGCUCUCCUGGCAUCCGAUGGGGAUCUCCUAGUCCCACAGUUUGGUCUGAUGGACAGCCGGAGUGCGACUGUUCUUCUGGCCAUGAUUCCGGCUGAGCUGGAGAAAGUCGGCGCCGCUAUCCAGGCUUCCGGACCCUUGCUGAAGCGCAAGUCCGCCAAGACGGCCAGGACGGCUCCUGGUGUGCAAGCCGGUGUCCUGCGUGCCGAAGCCUGGCUGUCACGGCGUGUGGACGAGAUCUACAGGCAGCUGACACGCGAACCGGUGGAUGAGAAACUGGAGGAAUGGGGCGAAGGAGGACAGGCCCUACUCCAACGUCAGCCAGAUGGCUCCUUCGAUCUACUGACCUCCAUGCGACGGGGUGCGGCCGCAUGCGGCUAUGGCACACCUUUGAAAAGUUUGUCAGAUGGGGCCAGGGAUAUCUGCGCCUUGAGCCUGCUCUUUGCCCUGCCGGGAUUCAUGAAUGGCAUGCAAGAUGCGUUGCCGCCCUUUAUGGUGCUGGACGAGCCGGAUUCCCGGUUGGACAAGCGCCAUGCGAGCGCCCUCCGGCACUUCUUACAAGGCCCUGAUGGCCCGAAGCAGUGCCUCUGGAUGAGCUUGAACAACCAUUCAGCAUUUUCCGAAGAUUCCGUCCUGGAAGAGGAUGAGGCAGAUGCUUGCGAGAGCGCUCUGCCUGAGAACUUGGAGUUGCUCCAGGGUGCGGAAGAAGCGCCCAAAUCGACGCCGGAUGGGGCCACCUCAAGCAACAGGGACCUCAUCAAGGCCAAAGGUACGGCAUGCCCUGAACCUUCCGCAAUGAGCCCCAUGCACAAGCAUCCAAGAGCCAUGGUGGACCCAAGUGUGCAUGCCUUUUUCGACGAGCAUCUGCGGCGGUCGGCAAACCAAACUUGCUGUGAUGGUGGAGGUGUAGCACCCUGCUGGGCAUCAGUGUCCCAUGGUACCUACAUCAGCAUCGAAGCUUCCGGAAUCCACCGCAGCCUCGGCGUGGCGACAAGCUUCGUUCAGUCACUGUAUCUGGAUGCCUGGAAGCCGAUUCAUCUCAAGAUGAUGGAGCUCGGAGGUAACGAGCGAUUCCAAAAGUUCAUGGAGGCUCAGGGAGUGCCAGAGGACAUGCCGAUCAGAGAGAAGUAUAGCACUCGUGCAGCGAAAUGGUAUCGAGAGGCCCUGCGAGCAGAGGCCGAAGGAGCCGCACUCCCGGAGCCUCUGGCUCCGGGCAGCGGCCCGCUUCCGGCAGAGAGCCCGGAAGCCGGAGGGCGACCUGCAUUAGAAGAGCCCCUCGAUGCCUACGAAGGCAUAGAGGAAGACAGCCCAGCCAGGACACGAUGCCUGUCUUGGAAUGCUGGGCUACUUUUGCUGCUCUGGGGUUCUGGAGGACCGCCCAAGAGCAAGGACACUUUUGCGGAGAGUCGAUGUGGCCUGGAAUCUCCGACGACGGACAUCGACGAUGAGAAGUUCUGUCUUAAGGAUGGCGCUGCAACAGUGCUUCGCUGCGAGUGUUUUUCGCAUGAGCGCCACAUCGUGUUCGAAGUUCGAAGAGCUCCUUGUCGCACUGCUUCACGAGGAGAACGAGGCAGAUAUGGAUGA